AAAUCGAACGAAAUUUGUUUCAAGAUGCGUACCCUCAUAUUUUUUAUUGCACUUUCCGCUAUUGCUUUAGCACAAGAUCUACCGGAAUUGCCGCCAUGGAAUGAUGUUCUCGCUGAAGGUUCAGGAGUUGAUGAACAAGGAGGAGGUGACACACUGCCUAGUGGUACAGACUCAUUUAUAGAGGAAAUCAAUGUCACAGACCCGGUUGUCGAGGAGAACAAUGAAGCAGUACAGUCUGACACUAUUGCAGAACAACCUAGCUUGCCUGAGGCUGGAAAUGAUGUAGACCAAAAUGUUGCCGAGGAGAACAAUAAUGAAGAAGGAGAAACCGCCAAUAAUGCAGAACAGCCUGAGGAAGGCGAUGUCGAAACUGGUGCUGAAGGUAGUAACGAUGGUGCUGGGGAUGCUGCUGGAAGUAUUGAAGAAUCAGCCGGUCAAAACAGCGAUUCUAAUGCACCACAAGGAGAAGAAAACGAAGAAGCCAACGCAGAAAACAUCGAAGAAGAAUCAGGCCAAGACAACAACGAAUCCAAGCAAACUGGAGAAAACGACGAUGACAACGAAGUUUCUAACAAUAGUGGAAACAAUGACGAUUCGGAAGAUGAACAGGAAUCUAAUGAAGAAAACAAAGACAGGAAUGAAAGGCUAGAAGAAUAUAGAGAAAGGAGAAGGGAAUUAUACCAAAGAAGGCGACUGGAUGCGUUGCAAGCAGCCCUCGAAAGAAGACAGAAAGAAUUAGCUGAACUUGAAAACAGAUAUGGGCCAGCUGUCGCUGGUUUGUGUGACCCUAGAGCAUGUAAAAUUGAAUGCAUGAAAAAUGGUAAUCAUGCUGGAUACUGCUUCCCUAGGACCACCUGCAAUUGUGUAUAGAUCCUGAUUGAAUAUAGAAAAUUGUAAUUAAAUAGACCUAAUUGUUGAAUAAAGAACCUGUCUGCUC